CCGCCCCGCCUCCAUAAGCGGCGCCGCACGCGGCCGGGCGGCCCCUUUCCGGCGCGCGCUCCAAGAUGGCGGACACGCAGACAGAGCGAGCCUACCAAAAGCAGCCAACCAUCUUCCAGAACAAGAAGAGGGUGCUGCUGGGGGAGGGGGGCAAGGAAAAGCUGCCCAGGUACUACAAGAACAUUGGGUUGGGCUUCAAGACCCCCAAGGAGGCCAUCGAGGGCACCUACAUCGACAAGAAGUGUCCCUUCACCGGCAAUGUCUCCAUCCGCGGCCGCAUCCUCUCGGGGGUGGUGACGAAGAUGAAGAUGCAGCGCACCAUCGUCAUCCGCCGCGACUACCUGCACUACAUCCGCAAGUACAACCGCUUCGAGAAGCGCCACAAGAACAUGUCUGUCCACCUCUCCCCCUGCUUCAGGGAUGUGCAGAUUGGGGACAUUGUGACCGUGGGGGAGUGCCGCCCCCUGAGCAAGACCGUGCGCUUCAACGUCCUCAAGGUCACCAAAGCCGCUGGCACCAAGAAGCAGUUCCAGAAGUUCUGAGGGGUUUUUUUUCCCCCCCCUCCAAGUCCCUGGAGGAGCUCCCUGGGGUGAAUAAACCAAACUCAAA